UGUCGAACACCCAGAUUGAGUCGGUUCGCUGUUGGCAGUGAAAAACCCGCGCAAAGCUGAAUAAUAAUCCCCAGAUUCUGCAGCUGUCUCUCUCGUCUUUCAAUGCAACUUCCACACUCAUUUUGAUCAGUUAAAUUUUCAGCGCUCAAUUCAUCCACCACUAAAAAUAGAUUGAUUGUUUUCGCUAAGAUUGAAUAGAAAUUUCCAUUCAAGUAAAAUGAGUAGACAAUUAAAAGAACGACCAAGCAAUAAAGAUCUUAUUUAUAACGCUGCUGCGGGUGCUGCUGCAGGAGCAAUUUCAGCUACUUUUGUGUGUCCUUUGGAUGUGAUCAAAACAAGACUUCAAGUCCAUGGGAAGCUCCAAGUUUCUCCUGCUGUUAAGAAAGGUAGUGUCGUUGCUGCCAGCCUGCGAGAAAUUUUGGUAAAUGAAGGGAUCAGGGGGAUGUAUAGCGGCCUUUCUCCAACAAUAUUGGCUCUCCUACCGAAUUGGGCAGUCUACUUCACAGUGUAUGAGCUACUCAAAGGACAACUCCGUUCACAUGUGGAUGAGCAUAAUCAACUUACAACUGGGGCUAAUAUUAUAGCUGCUUCAGGUGCUGGAGCAGCAACGUCCAUCGUUACAAAUCCAUUAUGGGUUGUUAAGACGAGACUUCAAACGCAAGGAAUGAGGUCUGGUGUGAUCCCCUACAAAAGCGUCUUUUCAGCAUUAAGAAGGAUUCUACAUGAAGAAGGAGUGAGAGGAUUGUAUAGCGGCAUUUUGCCUUCACUAGCUGGGGUAAGCCACGUUGCCAUUCAGUUUCCAAUGUAUGAGAAAACCAAGUUUUACUUGGCAAGAAGGGAUAAUACAACUGUGGAUAAACUCAGUGCUGGACGUGUCGCUGCUGCCUCUUCGAUCUCUAAAAUUUUCGCCUCCACAAUAACAUAUCCACACGAGGUCGUGCGUGCAAAACUGCAACAGCAAGGGCAAGCUCCUAGUUCUGUGGAAAGGUACACAGGUGUUGUUGAUUGCGUUAAAAAGGUCUUUCACAAUGAAGGCAUAGCUGGCUUUUACCGCGGUUGUGCAACCAAUUUGUUAAGAACAACACCAGCUGCUGUUAUUACUUUUACCAGUUUUGAGAUGAUUCAAAGGUUUUUACAUCGUGUUUUACCACCAAACUAGAAGCGUUGACAACUUUUCUUUUACUACAUGAUUUCCCGAUACAUGGGAAAACUGGGAUGGGGGCCAUGGAGCAGUCAUGAGGGCGGUGAGUUAAGGGGGUUGGUCUAAUUCUAAGUGCAUCUCUAUUGACCUCUCCCAGGUUCUUUGGGAUGUAAUUCAACAAGAAGCCACUAACUGGAGUUUCUUAUUUUUUUACUCUGUUGUUGAAUUAGGGUGAAACGAGAUUUGAAGGCAAUGGUUAAUAAUAAUAGUAAUAAUAAAUUAAUUGGAAAAGAAAUUUAUUAACUGAAAUAAUUAAACUA